AUGGCAAAUGCAAUUGAAAAGGUUUUCCCGGAGUCACGCCAUUGGUUAUGUUUGUGGCACAUAUCAAAGAAUGCGACACAAAAUAUUAGUUGGCUUUUGCAAAAGUCUGAUUUUGGUGAGCUUUUCCGAAAGUUUCUUUUCGGACGUGUCACAGAAGAUGAAUUUGAGUCUACUUGGAAUGAAAUAAUUAUGAAGUUUAUACCUUCAGGAAACACAUGGCUGGAGACACUUUAUGAACUCCGUGAAAAAUGGUGUGCAUUAUUCAGUAAAGAUACAUUCUCUGCUGGAAUACUAUCUACACAAAGAAGUGAGAGCACAAACAAUGUGUUUACCCACAUGUCUACUAAAACAAUGGCUCUUACUGAAUUUGUCCAUCAUUAUGACGUACAGGCAGAAAAAAUGCGUUCAAGCGAAUUGGAGGAGACCUUUCGAUGCAAUAAUGGAAUACCUUCUAAGGCAGCAAAAAGUAGCGGAAUUAAGAAGCAAGCUGGUAUGGUCUACACUAGAAAAAUUUACAAUCUAUUUGAGUCUGAGUUUAUUGCUAGCUUGGCAGUGAAAUGGGAGGAAGUUGGAAGUGAUGGAACUUUGUCAUAUGUAUGA